AUUUGUUACGGAACCACAAGGCACUUCCGUUCGCAUCGCAGCUUCUGGGAGAUGUGGUCCUGUUGAGCUCCAGCCAUGGGGUCUUCUGGCCUGGCUCGACUGCAGGGCCUCUUCGCGGUCUAUAAACCUCCGGGGCUGAAAUGGCUGCACGUGCGUGAGACCGUGGAGCUGCAGCUGCUUAAAGGUCUCAAUGCAGAGAAGGCGCCUGCUCCCGAACAGCGGCGUGUCCGCUUCUUGCUGGGCCCUGUGGAAGGCAGCGAGGAGAAGAAGUUGACUCUCACAGCCACCAGUGUGCCCACCCUCAGCACUCACAGACUCGUACGUGGUCCAGCAUUCACAAGCCUGAAGAUAGGUGUCGGACACCGCUUGGAUGCCCAGGCUUCUGGGGUGCUUGUGCUCGCCGUGGGACAUGGACGCAGACUCCUCACCGACAUGUAUGAUGCUCACCUCACCAAGGAUUACACAGUACGCGGCCUCCUGGGCAGAGCCACAGACAACUUCUGUGAAGAUGGACGGCUGGUAGAGAAGACAACAUACGACCAUGUGACCAGAGAGAUGCUAGACCGCGUCCUGGCUGUGAUCCAAGGCUCCCACCAAAAGGCACUGGUGAUGUACUCCAACCUGGACCUGAAGUCCCAGGAGGCCUAUGAGAUGGCUGUGCAGGGUGUGGUCCGGCCCAUGAACAAGUCCCCGAUGCUCAUCUCUGGCAUCCGCUGCCUGCACUUUGCACCUCCCGAGUUUCUUUUAGAGGUGCAGUGUAUGCAUGAGACACAGCAGCAGCUGAGGAAGCUGGUGCAUGAAGUUGGCCUGGAGCUAAAGUCCACCGCUGUCUGCGUGCAAGUGCGGCGAACUCGGGAUGGCUUCUUCAGGCUGGAUGAUGCCCUCCUGAGAACCCGGUGGGACCUACACAGCAUCCAGGAUGCCAUCCAGGAUGCUGCUCCCCGGGUGGCAGCAGAACUGAAAAAGAACUUGAGCCUACGCUUGGGUCAUCAGCCCAGUGCUGGGCAGGCUUGGGCCUUCAAGGGCCCAAGCUCCACUUUGGAGGGGGAAAGCUAUGCAGGGCAGUGAAAAGCCAGGCAGCUGCCUGAUCUGGGUGGGCA